AGUAACCAAUGCACGCUUGCGGAAAGACAACUCCACACGUAUCUUUCAAACUUUCACACACCCACUUAUUCAAGCUCACCAGCUGAUGUCAAAGGUUUGGCCUUGGGGAACUUACACCGCUAACAAUAGUAAUCUAAUAAGGCUGUGUCUUCUGAUGCAUGUCCGGGCCAGAAAGAAAGUGGGAGAAACGGCAGACUGGACUUAAACUGGAGAGGAGCGCAGGAGGACCAAGAGAUUGACUGCAACCCCAAAACCAGAACCCAAUUUGCCUCCACCUGCACAAACUAAAAUCAGCUCUAUGACUGAGAUGAGCAGGUUAAACCUAACAAUGGAGUGGCUCAUGGUUGUAUUUGUGGGCCUACUUUUGGUCAGCCAAGUCCGCUCUGAAGAAGUUCCAUAUGAGCACCUUAUCUCCCAGAUCCAGGCUUGUCCUAAAGAAUGCCACUGCCCUCCAAGUUUCCCCAAUGCUGUUUACUGUGACAACAAGGGUCUGAAACUCAUACCUGCCAUCCCUCCCUACACCUGGUACCUGUACCUUCAGAACAACCUGAUUGAUGUCCUGUCAGCCGACGCUCUGCGCAACGCCACACAACUAAGGUGGAUCAACCUGAACCGUAACAAAAUCACAAACGAAGGCCUGGAGGCAGAUGCUCUAAAGGGUAUGUCCAACCUCGUACACCUCUACAUGGAAGACAAUUUGCUGUCUUCCAUUCCAUCUCCUCUGCCUGCCAAAUUAGAGCAGUUACGGCUCUCCCGAAACAGAAUCUCAAAGAUCCCACCCGGUGUCUUCUCUGGAAUGGACCGUCUCACCUUGCUGGAUCUGCAAGGCAACAAGCUACAGGAUGAUGCUGUAACUGAGGUCAAUCUGAAAGGCCUCAACAACUUGAUCCAGAUCAAUUUAGCAAAGAAUCAGCUAAAUACCAUGCCCCUUGGCCUUCCACCCACAACCACACAGAUCUUUUUGGACAACAACAACAUUGAAAAGAUUCCGGCUGAGUACUUCAAGGGUCUUCCCAAAGUGGUGUCUCUCAGACUCAACCGCAAUAAGCUGGCUAAUGGGGGUAUCCCAAAAAAUGUGUUUAACCUUUCCAGCAUCCUGGAUCUACAGCUUUCUCACAACCAGCUCACAGAGAUACCCGUUAUCUCUUCUGGCCUGGAACACCUGCAUCUGGAUCACAAUAAGAUUAAGAGUGUGAAUAGCUCUGACAUCUGUCCACCUGGUACACUCGAGGAUUAUCUUGAUGAGAAGAGUCCACGUCUUCGUUACCUUCGCCUUGAUGGUAAUGAGAUCAAACCCCCUAUUCCUCGAGAGCUGAUGAUGUGUUUCCGUCUCCUCAGGGCUAUUGUCAUAUAAGGAUGCCACAACAUCCUGUCCAUUUUAUUUACCAGACCUGAAAAUGUAUGGAAACUAAAACACUUGAAAAGGGUUCAAAAAAGGACUAUUUAUUUGCAAAGCCAGAAAAUAGAUAUUGAAAACUGUACACUGCUGAAAAGACCAGUUAAGACUAGAAUGAAUUUCCAUGCUGGUCCAGGUUCAUUUGUGCUGGUCUAGCUAAGCUGAUAAAGCUUUUGACCAAGAAAGCCCUGCUGAAGGCUGGUGGGGAUACUGGUAUCAAAAAUACAACAUAUUCAGGUGGUCUCCUGUUUUGGUCUUUUCAGCAGGGUAGAAAUCCAUGAGACUGUAUUUAUAGAUGGUUUCUCAUGGCUGUAUUAUAAAACCACUGUGCCUUUCUUAAUUUCAUACGUAUUAAAAACUAGCAGGCCUGCUUUAUGGGAAACACCAUUAUCUGUUAAAUGUUCUGUAUAAUGAAUAAAGCUCCAAAACAAUUUCCUAACUUCCAAGUAAUGUAAUUUCCCCAUCCUGUGCAGAAUCUCAGCAUUACAGUUUUACCUCACCACACCAUUCUGGAGGUUUUUGGACAGAAGAGUUGUGGUCUGAUUAUGGAGCCAAUUUUUUGGUAGUGAAUUUAGUACAUAGGGUGGUUUAUUUGACUUCACUGAAUGCAUGGUUACUCUUGCCUCUGUUAUAAGGAUUGACAUGUACUGACAUGUACUAUUUUUUAAAAAGUAAGUUUAUUUCUACAUUUUAAUAUUGCGUUGUGUCUUUGUAUUCAAUAUCCAAUCAAUAUUUAGAGUAACAUUAAUAUUGAGAGAAGAGUCAUUUUAGGACAGGAAGAAGUACUGUGAUCUACUGUGAUGUAUAAAUAUGCUUUCAAUUUAACAGUUGACAAUGGUACUACCAGAACCUUCUAGACUGAUUUUAAAAUGUAUUUUUCUCUAGAGUAUAAAAAUAAUGUGAACAUUCCUUUUUCAACGCACAAAUGUGAUAAUUAUUUUUCAUGUUUUCAUUUAUCACUGCAAACUGUGAGAACCAUUCGGAUUGUCAGAGGAGGGAAAAGAUAAGAUGACAUUACCUUUUUUUUGGUGUUCUGGAUUAAA